CCGGGCGUUGCGGGGCGGCCAUGGGGUCGCAGGCGCUGCAGAUCCUCCGGCAGGGCGCGUGGGCGGCGCUGAGCGGCGGCUGGUUCUACGACCCGCACCAGGCCGCGCUGGUCAACGCGCUGCACCUCUACCUGUGGCUCUUCCUGCUCGGCCUGCCCUUCACCCUCUACAUGGCCCUUCCUUCCUCCAUGAUUAUAGUAGCAGUUUAUUGUCCUGUGAUAGCUGCUGUUUUCAUUGUGCUGAAGAUGGUUAACUAUCGACUCCACAGAGCACUUGAUGCUGGAGAAGUUGUAGAUAGGAAUCCAAAUACAGAUCAGCGAGCCAAAGCUGAACAAGGCAACUGUUCGACUGGAAGAAAAGACAGCAAUGGCCCAAGUGAUCCUGGUGGAGGGAUUGAAAUGUCUGAGUUCAUUCGAGAGGCCACACCCCCAGUUGGUUGCAGUUCCAGAAAUUCUUACGCUGGUUUAGAUCCCAGCAAUCAGAUUGGAUCUGGUUCCUCUCGUCUGGGAACAGCUGCCACUAUUAAAGGGGAUACAGACACUGCUAAGACUUCUGAUGAUAUUAGUUUGAGUCUGGGCCAGAGUUCUAGUCUUUGUAAGGAAGGAAGUGAGGAUCAAGAUUUGGCAACUGACCGGAAGCUCUUCCGUUUGGUCUCCAAUGAUUCCUUCAUCUCCAUUCAGCCUUCCUUGUCCUCCUGCGGACAGGACUUACCAAGGGACAUUAGCGACAAAGUAAGCCUGCCAAAUCAUAGCCACCACCACCACGUUGAUCAGUCUCUGUCCAGUGCCUGUGACACAGAAGUGGCUUCCCUGGUCCCUUUACAUUCACACUCUUACAGGAAAGAUCACAGGCCACGAGGUGUGCCACGGACUUCUAGCUCAGUGGUUGCUUUUCCAGACACUUCCCUGAAUGACUUCCCUUUGUAUCAUCAGCGACGCGGGCUAGACCCAGUUAGUGAGUUAGAAUCUUCCAAGCCUCAUUCUGGAUCCAAAGAAUCGUUGGUGGAAAACUGUCGUUUAUCUGGGGAAUUUCAGCCCACAGGAGAGCCCAAAACCAGCCAUUUCCAGCCACCUCCCAAAAGUGGCAAGAGCCGAGCGUUGAAGGCAGACAAAAGCUUGGACAGCUUGAGGAGUCUAAGCACCCGGAGUAGCGGGUCCACAGAGAGCUACUGCAGUGGGACCGACCGUGACACUCACAGUACUGUCAGCAGCUAUAAGAGUGAACAGACCAGCUCAACCCACAUCGAGAGCAUCUUGUCGGAGCACGAGGAGUCGCAGGAGGCAGGAAAGAAAAGUGGUCGGAAGAAGGAGUGUUGUACUGACCCGGACGACAAGAGUAGCUGCUCCAGUGACAAAAGGACUAGUAGUGAGAAGACCACCUUGGAAGUCAGUACCAACAGCGGGGUUCAAGAGGCCAAGGAGUCUAAUACUUCGGACGAGAUGCCCAAUCAGAGGAGUCUCAGCACCUCUGCCUCCGAGGAAGCCAAUAAGAACCCCCAUGCCAAUGAAUUCACUUGCCAGACAGAGAGGCCAGAGGGGCCAGCGGGGGAACACGAAGGGGAGCAGUCCGAGCAGCCUGCUGUCCCGGUGGAUCCGAAAGUUGGCAAAGACAAAGGCGGAAAGGAAGGGGACGUUCGCCCCAAAUCGUCCAGCUUAAUCCACCGGACGGCCUCUGCCCAUAAGUCAGGCAGGAGACGGACAGGGAAAAAGCGGGCUAGCAGCUUUGACUCUAGCCGGCACAGGGACUACGUUUCCUUUCGAGGGGUUUCUGGCACCAAGCCCCAUAGUGCGAUCUUCUGUCACGACGAAGACUCCAGUGACCAAAGCGACUUGAGCCGAGCAUCCAGCGUGCAGUCCGCUCACCAGCUCAGCAGUGACAGCUCAUCUAGCACCACUUCCCAUCUGUGUCAGUCUCCCGAAGGCAGGUACAGCACUUUAAAGACCAAACGUGCCUCUAAAGACAGGGGCGCUGACCCCGAACGCUCCCAGAAAGGUCAUCUGGGCCCCGAGGGAGCGGGCAAAAAGCGGAUGACGAGGCGGACUUCCAGUACAAACAGUGCCAAGACCCGGGCACGAGUGUUGAGCCUGGACAGCGGCACCGUUGCCUGCUUGAAUGACUCCAACAGGUUGAUGGCUCCUGAAAGUAUCAAACCCUUAACCACUUCCAAAUCCGAUCUUGAGGCCAAAGAAGGAGAGGUGCUAGAUGAGCUGUCUUUAUUGGGACGGGCUUCCCAGUUAGAGACCGUCACUCGAUCUAGGAGUAGCUUGCCAACCCAAGUUGCAUUUCCAGAAGGUUCUGAAGAGCAAGAUGCAGUCAGUGGAGCAGCACAGGCCAGCGAGGAGGCGGUGUCAUUUCGCCGUGAACGCAGCACAUUUAGGCGCCAGGCAGUGCGGCGCCGGCACAAUGCAGGGAGUAACCCUACCCCUCCUACCUUGCUCAUCGGAUCACCCCUCAGCCUUCAAGAUGGUCAACAAGGCCAGCAGUCCACAGCCCAGGUCAAAGUGCAGUCCCGUCCCCCUUCCCAGGCUGCAGUGCUCAGUGCUAGUGCCUCCUUGCUGGUGAGAAAUGGGAGUGUCCACUUAGAAGCAACACAUGACAAUGCAUCUGCUGUAGGCGGCAGCAGUUUGCACGAUGAACUUGGUAAGUUCUCUUCUACACUUUAUGAGACUGGUGGCUGUGAUAUGUCACUUGUGAAUUUUGAACCAGCAGCAAGAAGAGCAUCUAAUAUCUGUGAUACGGAUUCUCAUGUAUCCAGUUCUACCUCAGUUCGAUUUUAUCCACACGAUGUGCUCUCUCUUCCUCAGAUUCGAUUGAACAGACUGUUGACCAUAGAUACAGACUUGCUAGAGCAACAAGACAUUGAUCUAAGUCCUGACUUGGCAGCCACUUAUGGUCCUAGCGAAGAAGCUGCACAAAAAGUUAAACACUAUUACCGCUUCUGGAUUCUGCCACAGCUAUGGAUCGGCAUUAACUUUGACAGACUCACGCUUUUGGCUUUGUUUGAUAGAAAUCGUGAGAUCCUGGAAAAUGUGUUAGCUGUCAUAUUGGCGAUUCUUGUGGCUUUUUUGGGAUCUGUUCUUCUUAUCCAAGGCUUCUUCCGAGACAUCUGGGUUUUCCAGUUUUGCCUGGUGAUAGCCAGCUGUCAGUACUCACUGCUUAAGAGUGUUCAACCAGAUUCCUCUUCUCCUAGACAUGGUCAUAAUCGCAUCAUUGCCUACAGUAGACCAGUUUAUUUCUGUUUGUGUUGUGGUCUUAUUUGGCUCUUGGAUUAUGGUAGCAAAAAUCUUACUACAACCAAGUUCAAACUAUAUGGAGUAACUUUCACCAAUCCACUGGUGCUUAUAUCAGCCAGGGAUUUAGUUAUAGUGUUCACACUCUGUUUCCCAGUAGUGUUUUUCGUCGGCCUCCUUCCUCAGGUGAAUACAUUUGUAAUGUACCUUUGUGAACAAUUGGAUAUUCAUAUCUUUGGUGGUAACGCCACCACAAGCCUGCUUGCAGCACUUUACAGUUUCAUCUGCAGCAUUGUAGCAGUAGCCUUACUAUAUGGAUUGUGUUAUGGAGCUUUAAAGGAUUCAUGGGAUGGCCAGCAUAUUCCAGUGCUGUUUUCCAUUUUUUGUGGUUUGUUAGUAGCAGUGUCCUAUCAUCUCAGCAGACAAAGCAGUGACCCAUCUGUACUUUUCUCUUUGGUGCAUUCUAAGAUUUUUCCAGAAACAGAAGACAAAAAUCCAGAAGACCCUCUAUCUGAAGUAAAAGAUCCACUACCUGAAAAACUUCGAAAAUCUGUGAGCGAGCGUCUACAAUCUGACCUGGUGGUGUGCGUCGUGAUUGGAGUACUCUACUUUGCCAUUCACGUUAGCACCGUGUUCACAGUGUUGCAGCCCGCGCUCAGGUAUGUGCUGUAUGCCUUGGUCGCCUUUGUGGGCUUUGUGACCCACUACGUGCUGCCUCAGGUCAGGAAGCAGCUCCCGUGGCACUGCUUCUCUCACCCUCUGCUCAAGACGCUCGAGUACAAUCAAUAUGAAGUGCGAAAUGCAGCUACUAUGAUGUGGUUUGAGAAACUUCAUGUAUGGCUUCUUUUUUUGGAGAAGAAUAUCAUCUAUCCAUUGGUUGUUCUCAAUGAACUUAGUAGCAGUGCAGAGACAAUUGCUAGUCCCAAAAAACUGGAUAUAGAAUUAGGUGCUUUAAUGAUCACCAUUGCUGGUCUGAAGUUGCUGCGAUCCUCCUUCAGCAGUCCUACAUAUCAGUAUGUCACAGUCAUUUUCACUGUGCUCUUUUUCAAAAUUGACUAUGAAGCUUUCUCAGAGACCAUGCUACUGGAUCUAUUCUUCAUGUCCAUUCUCUUCAACAAGCUUUGGGAACUCCUUUAUAAAUUACAAUUUGUGUAUACCUACAUUGCUCCAUGGCAGAUUACAUGGGGUUCUGCUUUCCAUGCUUUUGCUCAGCCCUUUGCAGUGCCACAUUCAGCCAUGUUGUUUGUCCAGGCUGCUGUAUCAGCUUUCUUUUCUACUCCACUGAACCCUUUUUUGGGAAGUGCAAUUUUCAUCACUUCAUAUGUUCGGCCUGUGAAAUUCUGGGAGAGAGACUAUAACACAAAACGAGUGGAUCAUUCAAAUACAAGAUUGGCUUCUCAACUUGAUAGAAAUCCAGGUUCAGACGACAACAACCUGAAUUCCAUCUUUUAUGAACAUUUAACCAGAUCCCUCCAACACAGUCUCUGUGGGGACUUGCUCCUGGGACGGUGGGGAAACUAUAGUACUGGGGACUGUUUCAUUCUUGCCUCUGACUACCUCAAUGCACUGGUCCAUCUGAUAGAAAUAGGCAAUGGGCUGGUCACUUUCCAACUGCGGGGACUUGAAUUCAGAGGUACUUACUGUCAACAACGAGAAGUAGAGGCUAUUACAGAAGGCGUUGAAGAAGAUGAAGGUUUCUGCUGUUGUGAGCCUGGCCAUAUUCCCCAUGUGCUUUCAUUUAAUGCUGCUUUUAGCCAACGGUGGCUAGCCUGGGAAGUGAUUGUCACUAAAUACAUUCUGGAGGGUUACAGCAUCACUGACAAUAGUGCUGCUUCCAUGCUUCAGGUCUUUGAUCUUCGGAAAGUACUAACUACUUACUAUGUCAAGGGUAUUAUUUAUUAUGUUACAACCUCUGCUAAACUAGAGGAAUGGCUUGCUAAUGAGACAAUGCAGGAAGGACUACGACUAUGUGCAGAUCAAAAUUAUGUUGAUGUGGACCCAACAUUUAAUCCAAACAUUGAUGAAGACUAUGACCAUCGGCUAGCAGGCAUCUCCAGGGAGAGUUUCUGUGUGAUUUACCUCAAUUGGAUAGAGUAUUGCUCUUCCCGAAGAACGAAGCCACUUGAUGUGGACAAAGAUUCACCCCUUGUCACUCUUUGUUACGGACUUUGUGUCCUGGGUCGGAGAGCAUUGGGUACUGCGUCCCACCAUAUGUCCAGUAAUUUAGAGUCAUUCCUCUAUGGAUUGCAUGCCCUGUUUAAAGGAGAUUUCCGUAUUUCUUCGAUUCGAGAUGAAUGGAUCUUUGCUGACAUGGAAUUGCUAAGGAAAGUCGUAGUCCCUGGAAUACGUAUGUCCAUUAAACUUCAUCAGGAUCAUUUCACUUCUCCGGAUGAGUACGAUGACCCCUCUGUGCUUUACGAAGCCAUCGUCUCGCACGAAAAGAACCUGGUGAUCGCUCAUGAAGGGGACCCUGCCUGGCGGAGCGCCGUCCUUGCCAACUCGCCCUCCUUGCUUGCACUGCGCCAUGUCAUGGACGACGGCACCAAUGAGUAUAAGAUCAUCAUGCUUAACAGACGCUACCUUAGCUUCAGGGUCAUCAAAGUGAAUAAGGAAUGUGUGCGAGGUCUUUGGGCAGGACAGCAACAAGAACUUGUUUUCUUACGUAACCGAAACCCAGAGAGAGGCAGCAUUCAAAACGCCAAGCAAGCUCUGAGAAAUAUGAUAAACUCCUCUUGUGAUCAACCAAUUGGCUACCCGAUUUUUGUCUCACCCUUGACAACUUCAUACUCUGACAGCCAUGAACAACUUAAAGAAAUUCUUGGGGGGCCUAUCAGCUUGGGAAAUAUCAAAAACUUUGUAGUAUCAACCUGGCACAGGUUAAGGAAAGGUUGUGGAGCUGGGUGCAAUAGUGGCGGCAAUAUUGAAGAUUCUGAUGUCGGUGGUGGCACUUCCUGCACUGGUAAUAAUGCAACAACUGCCAAUGAUCCCCUCAACAAUUUGUCCCAGGGAAGCGCUGGAAAUCCAGGCCAGGGAUCUGGGCUCCAUCCACCUGUCACAUCCUACCCUCCAGCCCUAGGAAUGAGCCACAGCUCUCACUCGGUCCAGUCAAGCCUGGUCAGACAGUCUCCUGCCCGUGCCUCUGUAGCCAGCCAGUCCUCAUACUGCUACAGCAGCCGUCACUCCUCUCUGAGGAUGUCCACUACAGGCUUUGUGCCAUGCCGACGCUCCUCCACCAGUCAGAUCUCACUGCGCAACCUGCCGUCCUCCAUCCAGUCCCGCCUCUCCAUGGUGAACCAGCUGGACCCUUCGAGCCAGAGCGGCCUGGCAGGCAUGCAGCAUGGCCUGCCCUCCUCCAGCAGCUCCAGCCAAAGCAUCCCCGCCUGCAAGCAUCACACCCUCGUGGGCUUCCUCGGGACCGAUGGGGGACCGAGCAGCGCCCUCGACCCACAGCCCAGCAGCGCCCCUGCUAGCCAGUCACAAGCCAGGAAGGGGGAUGUGACUUACCGAGUCCAGAUUGUGGAUCCCAGUCAAGUUCUGGAUGGAAUCAACCUAUCAAAAAGGAAAGAGCUGCAGUGGCCUGAUGAGGGAAUUCGGUUGAAAGCCGGGAGGAAUAGCUGGAAGGACUGGAGUCCCCAGGAGGGCAUGGAAGGCCAUGUGAUUCACCGAUGGGUGCCUUGCAGCAGAGAUCCAGGUACCAGAUCCCACAUUGACAAGACAGUGCUUCUGGUCCAGAUUGAUGACAAAUACGUGACUGUAAUUGAAACUGGGGUACUAGAACUCGGGGCUGAAGUGUGAGCUGGUGUUUCGUAACUACAUUUCUUUGCCCGCAAUUCCAAGACAAUGGGAAAGGAGGAAGAAGCAGAAGAUGCCUGCAGGUGUCAUGGUGAUCCUAGAUGGAAGAGACUCGAACCCAGAGUGGGUUUCAUCCAGCACCUUGCCGUUGCCCUUCACCCUGACCCUUGUCACUGUCUCCAUCCCCAAAUAAAGCUGAAAUAUUUUUUUAAGCUA